AUGAUUGCCCAGGCCGAUCCCAAACGUGCCGGUGGUCGUGGUGGUGGUCCCACGCAAAUGGAAGUCGUCUCCUCCAAUUUCCUAGAUUUUGCCGGCAGCAUGUCCGGCCAGGGCAGUUGCGACUUCAUCCUCAUGGAGUCCACCGAGGCGGCCGCAGCCGCACCCACGACAAUGGCGAAGACGGAG